GAAGUUGUUUUGUGGAUGAAUACUGUUGGGCCCUACCAUAAUCGCCAAGUACAUAAGUACUUUUCACUUCCAUUCUGUGUGGGGUCAAAAAAAAGUAUUAGUCAUUACCAUGAAACUUUGGGAGAAGCACUUCAAGGAGUUGAAUUGGAAUUCAGUGUUCUGGAUAUUAAAUUCAAAGAUGAUGUGAUGCCAGCCACUUACUGUGAAAUUGACUUAGAUAAAGAAAAGAGAGAUGCAUUUGUGUAUGCUAUCAAAAAUCAUUACUGGUACCAGAUGUACAUAGAUGACUUACCGAUAUGGGGUAUUGUUGGUGAAGCAGAUGAAAAUGGAGAAGAUUACUGUCUUCAGACCUACAAAAAACUUGAAACAGGUUUCAAUGGAAAUAGGAUUGUUGAUGUUAAUCUAACUAGUGAAGGAAAGGUGAAACUGGUUCCAAAUACCAAAAUCCAGAUGUCAUAUUCAGUAAAAUGGAAAAAGUCAGAUGUCAAAUUUGAAGAUAGAUUUGACAAAUAUCUUGACCCAUCUUUUUUUCAACACAGGAUUCAUCGGUUUUCAAUUUUCAACUCCUUCAUGAUGGCUAUCUUCCUGGUGGGCUUAGUUUCAAUGAUUUUAAUGAGAACUUUAAGAAAAGAUUAUGUCUGGUACAGUAAAGAAGAAGAAAUGGAUGACAUGGAUAGAGACCUAGGAGAUGAGUAUGGAUGGAAGCAGGUGCAUGGAGAUGUAUUUAGACUAUCAAGUCAUCCACUGAUAUUUUCCUCUCUCAUUGGUUCUGGAUGUCAGAUAUUUGCAAUGUCUCUCAUUGUUAUUAUUGUUGCAAUGACAGAAGAUUUAUAUACAGAGAGGGGAUCAGUGCUCAGUACAGCCAUAUUUGUUUAUGCUGCUACUUCUCCAGUAAAUGGUUAUUUUGGAGGAAGUCUAUAUGCUAGACAAGGAGGAAGGAGAUGGAUAAAGCAGAUGUUUAUUGGGGCACUCCUUAUCCAAGCCAUGGUAUGUGGCACUGCCUUCUUCAUCAAUUUUAUAGCCAUUUAUUACCAUGUUUCGAGAGCUAUUCCUUUUGGAGCAAUGGUGGCCGUUUGUUGCAUCCAUUUUUUUGUUAUUCUUCCUCUGAAUCUUGUUGGUACAAUACUUGGCCGAAAUCUGUCGGGUCAGCCCAACUUUCCUUGUCGCGUCAAUGCUGUGCCUCGUCCUAUACCGGAGAAAAAAUGGUUCAUGGAGCCUGCAGUCAUUGUUUGCCUGGGAGGAAUUUUACCUUUUGGCUCAAUCUUUAUUGAAAUGUAUUUCAUCUUCACAUCUUUCUGGGCAUAUAAGAUCUAUUAUGUCUAUGGCUUCAUGAUGCUGGUGCUGGUCAUCCUGUGCAUUGUGACCAUCUGUGUGACCAUCGUGUGCAUGUACUUCCUACUAAAUGCAGAGGAUUAUAGGUGGCAAUGGACAAGUUUUCUCUCUGCUGCAUCAACUGCAAUCUAUGUUUACAUGUAUUCCUUUUACUACUAUUUUUUCAAAACAGGGAUGUAUGGCUUAAUUCAAACAUCAUUUUACUUUGGAUAUAUGGCAGUAUUUAGCACAGCCUUGGGGAUAAUGUGUGGAGCGAUUGGUUACAUGGGAACAACUGCCUUUGUCCGAAAAAUCUAUACUAAUGUGAAAAUUGACUAGAGAUCCAAGAAAACCUAGAACUCUGGAUCAAUUUCUCUUUCAUGGGGGUGGAACUUGCACAGCAAAAAAAGC